UCACAUUUGUGUCUUAAGGGCUAAUCACAUUGGAAGCAAUGCCACCAGACUCCUCCUAAUCUCUCUAUUAGAGCUUUCCACCCACAAUGGCCAUCAAAAAGGUGCCAACUCUCCCCUACCGUCGAGGCUCGGACGCCUCCGAAGCGGACUUCUUCGACAUCCCCGACGAACCGUGCUGGGCCAUCAUCAAGCGCCAGCUGCGACACCUCCGGACCUGGGUCGCGUUCAUCUUCUUCGUGCUCUUCAUCCUCUUCCUCCGCCGCGAGAAACCCCCGCCGCCGAAAGUGACCCAUAUCGACUACACCCGAGUGGACUGGACCCGCUACGCCUACAGCCAAUAUGCCACCUCGAGCCCAUACCUGUGCAACGCACUUUUGACAUUCGACGCACUGGAGCGCCUCGGCAGCAAAGCGCAGCGCGUGCUCUUCUACCCCGAGAAAUGGGAUGUAGUGGUGGAAAGCGACCGGGACCGGGACAGCCAGUUGCUGGCGAUGGCGCAUGAGAAGUACAAUGCGCUGCUGGUGCCGAUCGAUGUGCAGAUGGUCAAGGCAGGAGCAGGCCCCGGCGAAUCCUGGGACAAGAGCACGACGAAAUUCCUCGCAUUCGGCGAAACAGAAUUCGACCGGGUAAUCCACAUCGACUCAGACGCCACGGUGCUGCAGAACCUGGACGAACUGUUUUUCCUGCCCUCGGCGCAGGUCGCCAUGCCGCGCGCCUACUGGCAGCUCCCAGAGAAGCGGCAGCUAUCGUCGCUGCUGAUCGUGCUGGAGCCGUCAUUCAAGGAGUACUACGCGCUGACGGAGGCCGGCGAGGCGGUGACGUACGGGCAGGUCAACACCACCACCAGCUCCUCCGCGGCGGCAGCCCAGGGCGGCAGCCGGUACGACAUGGAGCUGAUGAACGGCCGGUACGGCGACUCGGCGCUGGUGCUACCGCACCGCCAGUACGGGCUGAUCACGGGCGAGUUCCGCGCCGACGACCACCGCGCCUUCCUGGGCAACGAGUGGGAGGCCUGGGACCCUGAGCGUGUCCUCAGCGAGGCCAAGCUCGUACAUUUCUCUGACUGGCCGCUGCCCAAGCCGUGGGUCAUGUGGCCCCAGGAGCUGCUGGCUGAUAUGUUGCCCAAGUGCAAGGUCAUGCCUGGUACCAUGCAGGAGAGCGGGUGCAAAGACCGCGAGAUCUGGAAGAAGCUCUACGAUGAUUUUCGCCGUAGGCGGAGGGACGUAUGUAAGCUUCUCAGCUACCCGGCGCCGAACUGGCCGCCGCGGGAAAACCCCGAGACCUCCUCGCAGAACGAGGCACCUCAACCUCAACCUGUUUCAUGAUCGCAAACUAUACCAUAGGCAGUUUUUCGGCGUCAUCGGGUGUUUAUAUUAGAUGGGUUGUCACUGGACUUUUUAUUUGGGAUAGACUGUCGUACUCCAAGCAUUUCGCACUGUAUAUUAGCCACAGGAUGGAGGGUAUCAUGACAAACAAAAUCAAUG